AUGCUCAAUGCAGCGCAGGAUAACAACCGUCAUGCUGAAUCCGUACUCCCUAUUUAUUACGCAGCAGUAACCACCAUUAGCAAAGAAGAAGGCAAUGGAGAUGGAGAAGAUGAAAGGAGGAGGAGAGACCCUGAGUUAGCUGAAGAUUUAGUCUCUCAUCUCUGUUUUGAUCACAAUAACGCUUCUCUCUGGAAGUUUCUACAACAGGCACUUUCCUCUCGCCUUCUCUCCCCGCUUCAUGUCCUCUCUCUCCUCUUCUCUAGAGUGAUUCCUAAUAGACGGUCUCAACCGGAGGCGUACAGAUUGUUUCUGGAACUUUUCAGCAGAUAUGCGUUUUCGCUUGAUACAGCUGUUGAUGAUGCCUGCAGAGAUAAGAUAAUUAAUUCUGUUGAUGCUGCUCUUCAGCUAUCGAGUUAUGAAGUUAGUGUUUCAGAGCUUGGACAAUUGUUGGUGUUGUUCUUUUUUACUGUUGUUGUUGGAUUGAUUGAUAGCACUUUUGAUGAUAUGGGAUUACGGAUGAAAUCUUCUGAUGUAGAAGAGGGACCAUUUGGAACGGCUAAUUACCAGGAUAUGGACAUAGAUUCUAGAGGGGAUUUUAAUGAUGAGAGAAAUGAGAAUCGUGAGCUUUUAAGGAAGAAAAAUUCUGUCAUGGCCAUGGAGGUGCUGGUGACACUUAUGGAAAGCAGACAAGCUGUGGUUCUACUCCGUCUUGUAUGCUUUAACAUGCCCCAAAAGUUCCACAGCCUCCGACAGAGGCUAUGGUUUUCUGAAGCCAGUAAAUUGGCAUCCUCAAGUAUGAAGCCUGCAAGCCAGUUCUUGGAAAGAUUAUCAGCCAACAUUCGUAGAGUGUGUGAUUUUGAAAACCAGUUAAACAGGGGCGACCUCUUUCGGAUGCUUACUGAUAUCAGACAACCACAUAAGCAGCUGUCCUAUUGCAAUUCUGAAUCUGUACAGUCUGCUUGUUGGGCUCCCUUUGAUAUUUACCUGGAGCACAUAAUGGAUGGGAAGCAACUUCUUAUUAGUUCAGGAGCUACUAUGCUCACAGAAACAAUUAUGCUACUUCAGGUGUUUAAUCGGGCAAGCUGGCAAGAAACCUUCCUAGCACUCUGGCUUUCUGGUCUUCGGCUCGUGCAACGAGAACGUGACCCUCUGGAAGGCCCUAUUCCACAUCUUGAGUCACGUCUUUGUAUUCUUUUGACCAUUAUUCCUUUAGCGAUUGCUAAUAUUAUGGAUAAUGGGGCCAGAUUUUCUUCCUCUUCUCCUCAAGGAGCUGCAACAUCUGGGUUUAUAGAGAUUGCUGAACAUGAAUAUCGAGUGGAUGGGAAGGGCCAAACUUCAAGAAAAAAUGGACUUAUUUCCUCACUCCAGGUCCUUGGACAAUUCUCUGGGCUCUUAUGCCCUCCAGCAUCAGUUAUUGGUGCAGCUAGUGCUGCUGCUGUAAAGGCAGCCAGCUUUGUCUCUGAUUCCAAGAGUGCAAAGGGUGGUUCAGUUUGUGGCACUCACAGCGAUUCUUAUAUUAAUGCAGGUGUUAAUAUGAGGCAUCUCAUUAUAGAAGCUUGCAUCGCGAGAAAUUUAAUCGAUACAUCUGUAUAUUAUUGGCCUGGUUAUGUGUCUCCUUCAGUCAUCUCAUUUUCAGAUUUACCACCAGUUCAAAAAUCUCCUUGGGUAAAAUUUAUGGAAGGAGCACCUUUCAGUAAUUCUCUUGUGAAUUUGCUACUCGCAACACCUGCUCCAAGUUUAGCAGAGAUAGAGAAGUUAUAUGAUAUUGCAUUGAAUGGGUCAGUGGAGGAGAGGUCGGGAGCUGCAAAGAUUCUCUGUGGUGCAUCCCUAAGCCAUGGAUGGAACAUUCAGGAACAUGUGCUGCACUAUGUGGUGAAGCUUCUUUCUCCUCCUAAGCCAUCUGCACAUACUGGACAAAGGAGUCACUUGAUUGAUUAUAUGCCUAUGCUAAGUGCUAUCCUUUCUGGAGCUUCAUCAAUCGAUACUGUCCAUGUGCUUUCUUUGCAUGGUUUGAUUCCUGAAGUUGCAGCUUCUUUAAUGCCUCUCUGUGAGGUGUUUGGGUCACUUAUGCCUACUUCAAGUAACAUAUCGAGCACAGGUGAUGAGCACUCCAAUUACAUGGUUUUUUCUUCUGCCUUUCUCUUUCUUCUGCGUCUAUGGAAAUUCUAUAGACCCCCUAUCGAGCAGUGCUUAACGGGAGGAGGAGCACUAGGAGGUGAACUCACUUUGGAGUAUUUAUUAUUAUUGCGCAAUGGCCACAUUGCAUCUCAUAAUCCUGGUUCCAAGGAUAAAAUUAAUAGCAAUCAGGUCCAGCAUGAAUAUGCAUCGGAUAAGCCUGUAUGUGUUGAUUUUUAUCCAAAACUGCGAGCUUGGUAUUGUCAAAACAAGUCCUGUAUAGCUUCUCCGCUUUCUGGCAUUUCUACGGGAAAUGUUGUUCAUGAGGUUGCUAAUAAAAUCUUAAACAUGAUUUACUGGAAAAUGACUAAAAGUGGGUCCUCACCUGGGAAUUCUUCAACAUUGUCAAGCAAUAGUUUAUGUGGGUCCCCUCCAAGUACUGUUGAAGAUCCUUACCAGAGGCCCAUGCUUCCUGCAUGGGAUGUGUUGGAAGCCAUGCCCUUUGUUCUUGAGGCAAUUUUAACAGCUUGUGCUCAUGGACGACUUUCAUCUCGGGAUUUGACCACAGGUCUAAGGGACCUCAUCGACUUUCUUCCAGCUUCUCUUGGAACCAUUGUCAGUUACUUUGCUGCAGAAGUAAUUCGAGGUAUAUGGAAACCAGUUCCAAUGAAUGGAACUGAUUGGCCCAGUCCAGCAGCGAUCCUUUCAUCUAUUGAUUCUGAAAUAAAAGAAAUACUUGCUGCUGCAGGCAUUGAUUUCCAAAGCUGUUCCUCUGGGCAAUCACCUCCCAUGCUUCCAUUGCCAAUGGCAGCUCUGGUCAGUUUAACCAUCACUUUCAAACUCAACAAGAGCCACGGAUACAUCCAUGCCGUAGUUGGGCCUGCCCUGGAAAAUUGUUCAUCAGGCUGCCCUUGGCCUAGUAUUCCUAUAAUUGGUUCUCUGUGGGCCCAGAAGGUCCGUCGCUGGCAUCAUUUCAUAGUUGUGUCAUGUGCUCGCUCUGUCUUGAAACGAAAUAAAGAAGCUGUUGCCCAGCUCCUGAGGAGUUGCUUCUCAUCGUUCCUUGGAUCACUUAAUGAUUCCACUUCUUUGUUGACCAAUCAGAGCAGCGUAAGUCGUCUAUUGGGCAGCAUUAUUGCAGUUCCUGGUGUUUGUCCUUCCCUUGCACCUGGAUUCCUUUACCUUCGCACUUGUCGGACUAUAGAGGACAUUCAAUACAUUAAUGAUGUGAUCUUAGGUCUUGUAACAGAAUAUGGAAGGGAAUUAACCACCAGAUGGACUAGCAUGGACUCCUUUCGCCUGAAGUCUAGCCAAGCAUCCCUAUCCUUUGCAGCUUCCAAGGCAAGGGAGGUAGCCAUGCUGGGUUCAAGCCUGUUGUACUUGUCAGGUGGGAUGAAUUUGAUUCAAGAACUUUACCUGGAGACUAUCCCAACAUGGCUGCUCUCAUCCAAAAAAGAGAAACUUGGUGAGGUCAGUGCCGUGUCCCAUAUACUGGAAGGGUAUGCAAUGGCAUACAUGUUGGUUCUGUCAGGCGCAGCUUUAUGGGGAAUUGGGCCCACAUCUUCAUCAUGGGCAUUGUCUAGAAGACAGCAAGUGGUCGGAAUCCACAUGGACUUCUUGGUCAGAGUGUUGGAAGGAACCAUAUCACUUGGUUGCCAUCCAGCCACAUGGAAAGCUUAUGUCUCUUGUUUAGUAGGUCUAGUAGUGAGUUUUGCUCCAGGGUGGAUUCAAAUCGUGAAGCUGGAAACACUGAGGAAAUUGGCUAGUGGAUUGAGGGGAUGGCAUGAAAGUGAGUUGGCUCUCUCUCUGCUUGAAAGAGGUGGGGUUGCAGCCAUGGGCUCUGUAGCUGAACUGUUGAAUGUAAUUAGUUGA